AUGGUAGGGGCGGGGGCAUUUUGGGGAACAAGAGUAAUGGAGAUAGUGAAGAAGCAUGACUCAGGUGGGCUUGUAUGGAAACGAAUUAAACUCACCACCACUCGUAAAGCCAACGCCAAGAAACGCCUCCUUAGGGUUUGGCAGAAUGAAGCUGUCCUCAAGGCAUGUUCUGAAUCACCACCUUCAAAAAUUUCUGCAGCUGGCACUUCAGGAGUCGCAGAAAAAGAGGGCCUCAACACUGAAAGCUAA